AUGUCAAAACCUUUGACUGAAGUCUAUUACAAGCUUGACGUAGUAGGAGAUAAUAAUGAUCCUAAGGAACUUGCGUUUCAUUACUUUUACGAAUGGCUACAAAAAUUUGAUAAAGAUGAAACUUUGAAGUCUAUUGAAACACGCAUUAUCAAGAAAUACGAAGAUCAAAUAGCCACAAAGAAUUCAUUUUCAAUGCGUAUUUCCUUUUAUAAUCAUGAUCAUGCAAAUUCAUUAAGAAGAUACAUGUCAUAUAGAGAAUUUGACGGAAUAGCUAAGGCUGUAGCCUUUUGGUAUGGUAUACAUCCUGCACACGAAGUUAUCUUACGAAAUGCAACUAAGGAUGACACUCGAAGAUCAAUAUUCGAAAAAUUUGAUCGUUAUGGCGAUAUUGGCCGUGUAACUCCAUGUAAAAGUAAUCCUCAUGUCUUUUGGAUUUCUUAUAUUAGUUCUAAGGGUGCUAAAAAUGCAAUUGCAUCAAAAUCCGAUGUUACUAGUGCAAAUUCCAAAUUAAAUAAUAGCUAA